CUUUUUUAUUACGCAUUUGUCCCAAGUCGUUCAUUUUCGGCGAAAGGAAUAGAAUAGAAGAGUGAGUAUACGGUACGAUUUGGCCGAGAUCUACAAAAUGGCAUGUUCUUAUGGGCGUGCGGUUUUACUUUCAUGUCGACGGUCGAUAUCUUACAGUGCACCAAGAUAUUUAAGAGAUGGUGCUGAUCCAUUGGAACAUGCAACAGGAAUAGAAAAACGAGAAUUACUUGCUAAAGCAGCUGGUGACGAUGAUCCUUUUAACUUGAAAGUUACAAAACGGGGACCUGGUACAAAAGAAUGUCCAAAUCUGGUGCCAAGUGCAUUUAACAGUCGUAUAGUUGGAUGUAUUUGCGAAGAAGAUCAAUCGCAUAUAAACUGGAUGUGGUUACACGAAGGAACUCCACGACGUUGUGAAUGUGGAUAUUGGUUUAAGCUUGUUGAAAAAGCUCCUCUUUAAUAACGCAUAAAAAUAAAUUAGUGAACUGUUUAAAGCAUAGAAUUAAUAUUAUAUUAGAAAAAUGGGAAGAUGAUAAUUAUUUAUUGCCUAUCCAUAUUUAAUUUUUCCUGCUUGUACGAUGUAAACUCUUGUUAAUGACAUUGCGUGAUAUAAGUAUCAUGCAUAUAUCGUACAUAGAUACACGUAUUGACUAUGUGCGUGUACUUUACCUAAAAUCAUAGUAAAUGCAAAAUAUUUAUCACGCAUUCGAAAGUGAAGAUGUUAAUAAAAAUUUAAUAAAAAUUAUAGAAAGUA